UGUCACAGAAAUAAAUCAUAACAUACUGUUUAGUGUUUACGUUAUGAAGAUUUGGUGAACAAAAAUCUUUAGAAAUAAACCUUUUCUGUAUUUAAAAUAAAUUAAUAUUAUAUAAUAAAUGAUCAUGUCCAGGCACAUUUACAAUUUAUCUUGUUCUUUUAUGCAUCAACUACCUUAUGUUUCUUCUGCUAGGUUAUAUAGCAGAUGGAUGCAUCGAAAACCGGCCAAAGUUUUAUUACCUUUUGAACCAAAUUCCAAUUCCAAUUUGAAAAAAGAAAAGGUAAUUGAUUUAGGGAACAGCGACACAAGAAAGAAAAAAAUAUUCAUGAUGAUAAAAAAUAAAUGUUAAAAACGCUCCAGUUGUUAGUAAAGACAAAUUCAAAGAAAUUAAGGAAAAGAAAGAGACUGUGUUAAAAAAAAGAAAAUUCUAUUUAAGCCAGAAAAAAGUAUUUGAUGACAAUGGUGAAAUUAUUUAUGAAAAAUUAAAUAAUAAUGAUGGUAGAAUCAGCUCCCUCCUUGUUAGGCUAAAGUCCAAGAAAGAGAGAUUACGAAGCCAACAAAUAAUGGUGGAGGGUUGGCGGUUGAUAGUAGAUGGACUGGAAGCAAAAUGUGCUUUAAGAUAUGUUAUAUUCAGCCAAUUAGAGGAUUUAAACAAAUUGAGACCAUUCCUGCCUGAUACUGGUGUAAAGUUUUAUAAGAUACCAUACAAAGAAAUCGAAUUAUGGUCCAAUGUUGACACACCCCCUGGAAUUAUUGGUGUGUUUGAUACGCCUACGACAGAUAAUGUAAAGUGGUUAAGUCAACCUUUGCCAAUACAUUUAAUAUGUGACAAUGUACGAACACCUGGCAAUCUUGGAGGCAUACUAAGGGCAGCGGCUGGUGUGGGAUGCGAGAAAGUUUUAUUAACCAAAGGUUGUGUAGAUCUCUGGGAUCCAAAAGUGGUAAGGAGUGGUGCUGGUGCACACUUCAGACAGCCUAUCAUAUCGUCAAUAGAGUGGGAAGAGCUACCUAAUAAUUUAGCAGAAAAAACAACAAUAUUUAUAGCAGACAGCAAUGUAAAAUUGAUGAAUGACGAUUUUGAUUCGGAAAAUGCUUUGGACUGUAAUAUACCCGUUGUACCUUAUUAUAGUGUUGAUUUUGGUAUCUUGAAACAUAUCACACUGAUAAUUGGAGGAGAAACGGAAGGUAUAAGUGAAAACAGUUACAGGUUGGCAGCUAACAGAAAUGGUCUUAGAUUAAAUAUUCCGCUACAAAAAGGCGUUGAUAGUCUGAACACUGGAAUGGCAACUGCUGUAAUAGCAUUUGAAAUGAGAAAACAAUUAAUACAGGCCCAGGCAAAGGCUCAGUUAGAUAAGAUAGGGAUGAAAGUAGUUUAAGGAAAAUGUAUUGCGUAUAGAAAAUAGUGGUCACUUGUUCUUUGUAAUGAAAUAAAAGUAGUAUAUAUAUA